AUGGAGCUCCGAGGUUUGGGCUACAUUCUCAUGUUAACUGCAAUUUUGACGGCCGUCAACGCUCGUAUCCCCGGAGUUUACACCGGUGGACAGUGGGAGACCGCUCACGCCACCUUUUAUGGUGGCGCUGAUGCAUCCGGCACAAUGGGUGGAGCAUGUGGGUAUGGGAAUUUGUACAGCCAAGGCUACGGCGUCAACACGGCGGCACUAAGCACAGCGCUGUUCAACAAUGGCUUGAGCUGCGGCGCUUGUUUUGAGCUAAAAUGUAUCGAUGACCCUCAAUGGUGUCAUCCCGGCAACCCUUCCAUUCUCAUCACCGCCACCAAUUUCUGUCCGCCGAACUUUGCUCAGCCUAGCGACAAUGGAGGUUGGUGCAAUCCCCCUCGCCCCCAUUUCGAUCUCGCCAUGCCCAUGUUUCUCAAAAUCGCUGCUUACCGUGCCGGAAUCGUCCCCGUCUCCUACCGCCGGGUGCCAUGCCGGAAACAAGGAGGGAUAAGGUUCACAAUUAACGGUUUCCGUUACUUCAAUCUGGUUUUGAUCAGCAACGUCGCCGGUGCCGGCGAUAUCACCAAGGCAUGGGUGAAAGGUUCGAACACGGAAUGGAUGAGUCUUAGCCGGAACUGGGGUCAAAAUUGGCAGUCAAACGCAGUGUUGAUUGGACAGUCACUUUCGUUCAGGGUGACAGGCAGUGACGGUCGCACUUCCACCUCGAAGAACAUAGUACCUCCGAAUUGGCAAUUCGGGCAAACUUUUACCGGGAAGAAUUUCCGGGUUUAAGGAUUCGAAUCGGGUUCGGUUGGCGGGUGAAAUAUUUAUGUAUUUUAAAGAAAAAUAUAUAUAUAUUUCUAUUUUUAGGAGAGUGCUUUUUGACUACUAAGAAGUGCUCUUUUUCGUUGUAAACGGAGCUGAAGCGGCUAUGCUUCCUCGCAUCGUAGGGGCCCGCAGCUUUUAUUAUCUCUAUAU